AAUUCUGCUCAAAGCUGUUGAUCAAUUAAACCCACAUAUCUUUGCUAUGCCCGGUCUUAUCCAACGCUAUCAUCCUGGUUACGAGUAUGCCGAACUUAUGGCUACUAAAAUCACUCGGGGGAACGAUGAGGAUGAAUCCGAUCUUCUCCUUCCCUCCAGUACACCCUCACGAGCUCGUAAACUCGGCUUCCACGACGUGAUCGCUGAAGAGGCGGCGUCGUGGGGUGAAGCCAUUUGCCCACCAGCAUCGGACGUGCGGGCUAUGCUCCUUCGCUUCCAAUUGAACCCAGACCUCUCUCAGAAGAGUGUCUUUGAUCACAUCUAUCCACUCUUCAUCUUCACGACAUUGUUCGCUAUCGCCGCUGUCGUGUUACACCCAGGCUCCUUUGCGCACGACGUCAUUUCUAAUCCCGCGAACCAUCGCAAGGAAUUCUUCAUUGGUUUUAUCGUCUUCAUCACUGGUUUGCUAGCUGGUCUGGCACUCCUUCGAUUAUUCAUCUGGGGAGGUGCGCAGCUUAUUGGGUGGAUCAUUAGAAUUGAGAGUGACAAAGGCACUCGGGGUCGAUUGGGUGCGCAGGGUCGCAUACCUGAUUCCCGCACACUCCUUGGAAGCAUCUUUCAGUGAUCAUAAUACUUCAACUUUCAACUUGUAUUGUAUACCCAUAGUGAACACAUGAUUAGCUGGAUCUCCUACGAGUCAGUGUGUACAAAUCACAA